AGCGAGGGGUUUGCUUUGCAGGCGCCGUGUGUGGAAGAUGCCCAGCCGCAAGUUCGCUGAUGGCGAGGUGGUGAUGGGCCGCUGGCCGGGCAGCGUCCUGUACUACGAGGUGCAGGUGACCAGCUACGAUGAUGUGGCUCAUCUCUACACUGUCAAGUACAAGGAUGGAACUGAGCUUGCACUCAAGGAAAGUGACAUAAGGUCGCAGUCAUCGUUCAAGCACAGGAAGAGCCAGUCCUCCUCGAGCUCUCCCUCCCGCAGGAGCAGCAGCCGCUCCCGAUCCCGCUCGCGCUCUCCCGGCCGGCCGGCCAAGGGCAGGCGUCGCUCUGCUUCCCAGAGCAGGGAGCACAAGGAGGACAAAAAGAAACCCAGCCAGGAGCCCAGCAUAGCUCUGCCGAAACCGAGUGAGAAUAACACCAAAAGGUACAAUGGUGAGCCUGAAAGUACAGAGAAAAAUGCCACAUCCUGCAUUGUCUUGGAGCAAAAGGUAAAACCAGACCUGGAAAUCAAGCGCGUGCUCGAUCAGUACAGCUUGCGUUCGAGGAAGGAUGACAAGAAAAAAGAAGAGAUCUAUUCAGAGAAAAAAACUUUUGUGGCUGUGAAACCAAUUGAGAAAGUAUCAACAAAAACAAAGGAGAUGGAGUUUGGGGGAAGGAUUGGGACCUUCAUGCUGAUGUUAGUCCUGCCUGCUACUGUAUUCUACCUGCUGUUGAUGUGCAAACAAGAUGAUCCAAGUCUUCUGAACCUCCCUCCUCUGCCAGCACUUGAGAGUCUUUGGGAUUGGAGGGUGUUUGGUGUCAUUCUCCUGUGGUUUUUCCUUCAAGCUGCAUUUUACUUGCUGCCGAUUGGAAAGGUUGUAGAAGGCCUGCCUCUUGCCAGUGGGAGGAGACUGCAGUACCGGAUAAAUGGGUUUUAUGCUUUUAUUUUGACUGCUGCAGCCAUUGGAGCUUUGUUGUACUUUGGAUUUGAGCUCCAUUAUUUGUACGAUGAGCUGGUGCAGUUUGCAGUGGCAGCCGCCGCCUUUGCUCUGGCGCUGAGCGUUUACCUGUACGUGCGGUCCCUGAGGGCGCCUGAGGAGGAGCUGGCACCAGGCGGAAAUUCUGGGUAUUUUAUUUAUGACUUUUUUACUGGACAUGAACUAAACCCUCGUAUUGGCAGCUUUGACCUCAAAUACUUCUGUGAGUUGCGUCCAGGAUUAAUUGGCUGGGUUGUUAUAAACUUGGCAAUGCUCUUGGCUGAGAUGAAGAUCCACAAUCUCAGUGUGCCAUCCCUGUCCAUGAUUCUCGUGAACAGCUUCCAGCUCCUCUAUGUGGUGGAUGCUCUUUGGAAUGAGGAAGCUGUUUUGACUACAAUGGACAUUACCCAUGAUGGAUUUGGAUUCAUGCUGGCCUUUGGAGAUCUGGUGUGGGUUCCAUUUGUCUACAGCCUGCAGGCCUUCUACUUAGUGGGUCACCCCACCACAAUUUCUUGGCCUGUUGCUGCUGCAAUUACUGUUCUGAACUGUAUUGGGUAUUACAUCUUCCGCAGCGCAAAUUCUCAGAAGAACAAUUUCCGACGGAAUCCAGCAGACCCCAAACUGGCCAAUCUGAAGUUUAUACCCACUGCAACUGGCAAAGGGCUCCUUGUCACGGGCUGGUGGGGUUUUGUUCGUCACCCCAACUACCUUGGUGACAUCAUCAUGGCUCUGGCGUGGUCCCUACCCUGUGGUUUCAAUCACAUCCUGCCCUAUUUCUACGUGAUCUAUUUCAUCUGCUUGCUGGUGCACCGGGAGGCGCGUGACGAGCACCACUGCAAGCAGAAGUACGGGCUGGCGUGGGAGCGCUACUGCCAGCGCGUGCCCUACCGCAUCUUCCCCUACAUCUACUAGAGCACUCCGGGCCUGCUGGGCACAGCCCUGCCACACCUGCAUCCCUUGCAGAGACAGAUACCUCCUCCCUUUGCACUUGGGCAGUUGGU